CUUUUGCUUGAUUUGGCGCUUUGUUCUUACAAAUAAGUUAACCUAGGGGACAGGGGAAGGAAUCACUUGCUGUUGGGUUGUCUGGCUGGCUUGUCUUUCAUCGGGAGUUGCUCUUUGAAAUAAAAAAGCCAAGAUGCAUGUAAUUAAGCGAGAUGGACGUCAGGAGCGCAUCAUGUUUGACAAAAUAACAUCUCGUAUUCAGAAGCUCUGUUAUGGACUCAAUUCUGAUUUUGUAGAUCCUACUCAAAUUACCAUGAAAGUAAUACAGGGACUUUACAGUGGGGUUACUACCAUUGAGUUGGACACCUUAGCUGCAGAGAUUGCUGCUACCCUCACAACCAAGCACCCAGACUAUGCCAUCUUGGCUGCACGAAUUGCUGUGUCCAAUUUGCACAAGGAGACAAAGAAAGUUUUCAGUGAUGUAAUGGAGGAUUUGUUCAACUAUGUGAAUCCACGAAAUGACCGUCAUUCACCAAUGAUCUCAAAGGAGACACUUGACAUUGUUAUGGCCAAUAAAGAUCGCCUCAACUCCGCCAUCAUUUAUGACCGAGACUUCUCCUACAAUUUCUUUGGAUUUAAAACACUGGAGCGGUCCUAUUUAUUGAAGAUAAAUGGGAAAGUGGCGGAGCGUCCCCAGCACAUGCUUAUGCGGGUGUCAGUGGGGAUUCACAAGCAAGACAUUAAUGCGGCCAUCGAGACAUACAACCUUCUGUCGGAGAAGUGGUUUACUCAUGCCUCUCCUACCCUCUUCAACGCUGGAACGAACAGACCUCAGCUUUCAAGCUGCUUCUUGCUUGCCAUGAAAGAUGACAGUAUUGAGGGUAUCUAUGACACAUUGAAGCAGUGUGCCCUCAUCUCUAAAUCUGCUGGUGGUAUUGGUGUGGCAGUGAGUUGCAUCAGAGCCACUGGAAGCUACAUUGCAGGGACAAAUGGUAACUCCAAUGGACUGGUGCCAAUGCUUCGUGUGUAUAACAACACUGCCCGGUAUGUGGACCAGGGUGGAAAUAAGAGGCCAGGUGCAUUCGCCAUGUACCUUGAGCCAUGGCACUUGGACAUCUUUGACUUCCUUGAGCUGAAGAAGAACACUGGAAAGGAAGAGCAGAGGGCGAGGGACCUGUUCUAUGCCAUGUGGAUCCCAGACCUCUUCAUGGAGAGAGUGGAAAAAGACUUGGAUUGGUCUCUUAUGUGCCCAAGUGACUGCCCUGGUCUAGAUGAGUGUUGGGGUGAGGAGUUUGAGAAGCUGUACCAAAGGUAUGAGAAGGAAGGCAGGGCCAAGCGUGUGGUGAAAGCACAGCAGGUCUGGUACGCAAUCAUCGAAUCCCAGACAGAGACGGGCACACCCUACAUGGUCUACAAAGACGCCUGCAACCGCAAGAGCAAUCAGCAGAACCUGGGGACAAUCAAGUCAAGCAAUCUGUGCACCGAGAUUGUGGAGUACACCAGCAAGGAUGAGGUGGCUGUGUGUAAUCUCGCAUCCAUUGCCUUGAACAUGUACGUCACUCCAGAGCGAACCUUUGACUUCCAAAAAUUGGCCCAAGUCACCAAAGUCAUUGUCAAAAACUUGAACAAGGUUAUUGACAUCAACUACUAUCCAGUGCGCGAGGCAGAGUAUUCCAACAAGAAGCACCGACCUAUUGGCAUUGGUGUUCAGGGCCUUGCCGAUGCGUUCAUCCUGAUGCGCUACCCGUUUGAAAGUCCAGAAGCUCAACGUCUCAACAUCCAGAUCUUUGAAACGAUCUAUUAUGCAGCACUGGAGUCCAGCUGUGAGUUGGCAGAAGAGUUGGGCGCAUACGAGACCUAUCAAGGCUCACCUGUCAGCAAAGGAAUUCUGCAGUAUGAUAUGUGGGAGAAGACUCCCACAGACCUCUUGGAUUGGAAGGCACUGAAAGAAAAGAUUGCCAAGCAUGGAGUGCGGAACAGCCUGCUCAUGGCUCCCAUGCCCACUGCCUCGACAGCCCAGAUCCUGGGAAACAACGAGUCCAUUGAGCCGUACACCAGCAACAUCUACACUCGCCGAGUUCUCUCUGGGGAGUUCCAGAUUGUGAACCCUCACCUACUCAAAGAUCUGACUGAGCGAGGCCUUUGGAACGAGGAAAUGAAAAACCAGCUGAUCUCCCAUAAUGGAUCCAUCCAGGGUAUUGCAGCGAUUCCAGCUGAUGUCAAGGAGCUUUACAAAACGGUGUGGGAGAUCUCGCAGAAGAUGAUCAUCAAGAUGGCGGCUGACCGAGGAGCCUACAUUGACCAGAGUCAAUCCCUUAACAUCCACAUAGCUGAGCCCAAUUACGGCAAACUGACAAGCAUGCACUUCUAUGGCUGGAAGCAGGGCCUGAAAACUGGCAUGUACUACCUGAGGACGAAGCCUGCAGCCAACCCAAUCCAGUUUACCCUGAACAAAGAGAGCCUGAAGACUGCAGAGAAGCAGGAGGAGACCACAGACUCGAAGGAGAAGAACAUGGCUGCGAUGGUGUGUUCGUUAGAAAAUCGAGAUGAUUGUCUAAUGUGUGGUUCUUAAAUCUUUCUUGCAAUGAUGUUGCCCUGCUGUCAUCGUCUUGCAUCCAAACCAUUUGGCCUUGCACUGUGGUAGGAAUCACUUUUCAGGAUGACUCACCCAUUCAGAGAUUCUGCAUACUGUAGACAUUUGAUUACUAGGCAUCUGGUGUAUGUGUUAUCCAUAUUUAUCAUAUUGUAAAUGUUUGACAUAAAUUCAGCCCUAUUUGUAGCGUGAGUGGGCAUUUUCUGAACUCAUAACAUGGUUUUAAAAUGGUUGUCUGUUUUUAUAAAAUGUUUUCUUUUUUUCUGUUUUUGUCCUUACCUAAUAAAUAAAAUUUGUCACAUUAGCGCUUA